CACGCGCACACGGGGGCAUCCAAAUCCCUGGAGUCAGAUCAUCAUUCAUCAGGCGUCACGUCAUCCCCGGGUUGCCAGACGUCGGCGCGUCCACACAGUCCUCCUCUUCCUCCUCCUCUUCCUCCUCCUCAUCAUCUUCUUCAUCAUCCAGACGUCGGCGCUCCUCGAGCCGAAGAAGAAGCCGAGCAGGAGCGUGUCCGCAGCGGGCAGCGAGCACACCUUCGUCGGUGUCACCUGCAGCGUCUUUUUGUCACUCUUUUGUCGUGGAAAAAAAAAGCAACAAGAUUCUGCGUCGUUUUGGUGUCACUCAGCAGUCAGCAGCCCCGCGGGGAGCAUGGACACUGUCCGCGUCCACGCAGUCUUCUCCCGGCUUCUUCUCCUUGGCGUUGUGGUUGUACCAGUGGAACCUUUGGUCCGCGGCUUCAAGAAACUCCCAGAAGAUGUGGACUGGUCGUACGCAGGUGCCCUCAACCAGCGCAACUGGGGUAAGAAGUACCCGUCCUGUAACAGUGCCAAGCAGUCCCCCGUGGACAUUGACGAGACCUUCUCUCAGGUGCGGCUGCAGUACCAGAACCUACAGCUGGAGGGCUGGGACAGACUCACGGCACAGUCCACCACCAUCCACAAUAACGGGAAAACAGUGGCCAUCACUGUGGGCGGAAACUUCUUUAUCAGCGGAGGAGGGCUGAGCUCCAGGUUCCGUGUGGAUACCAUCACCUUCCACUGGGGGCGCUGCAACACCACCCUGGAAGGGUCCGAGCACAGCUUGAACGGGAUGAAAUAUCCACUUGAGAUGCAAAUCUACGGCUACGAUCCCGAGGACGUCCAAAGUGUGGACGAAGCCACCAGGGAGUCGGGGAGGAUCGCUGCGUUAGCGGUGUUGUUCCAGAUCAGCUUGGAUGACAAUGACAACCUCAACCCGCUCGUAGAUGCCGUCAACACCGUGAGUCGAUUUGGUAAGAGUGGCUCAGUGGAGGCCUUCAGCUUGCAGUCGUUGCUGCCCAACAACACGGACAAGUACUACAUCUACAACGGCUCGCUGACGUCUCCACCCUGCUGGGAGACGGUGGAGUGGCUGGUCUUCAAGCAACCUGUGGACAUCUCCCAAAGUCAGUUGGAGGUGUUCUGCGAGGUGAUGACCAUGGAGCAGGCGGGGUACGUGAUGCUGACGGACUACCUGCAGAACAACUUCAGGGAGCAGCAGCAGUUCAUGGGGCAGGUGUUUGCCUCCUUCACGGGAGUGGAGGACGUGCCCACGCCCACCUGCAGCUCGCCGCCGGAAAAUGUCCAAGCCGACGCCCAGAACGAGACCACCAUCGUGGUGACGUGGGAGCGGCCCCGCUUCGUCUACGACACCACCAUCGACUGGUACACCGUCACCUACGAGAGGCUGCAGGGCCCGGACCAGAGGAAGCAGGAGUACAGAACCGACGGGGACCAGGACGUGGGAGCCAUCAUCCCCGGCCUGCUGUCCAACAGCAGCUACGUGGUUCAGGUCAUCGCUGUUUGCACCAACGGCCUGAGAGGAAGAUGGAGCGACCAGAUCAUCGUGGACAUGCCGCUAGAGGAGCCUGAUGCCGAUUCAUUCCCUGAUGUUUCCAAAGGCAGCAAAGAGGUGUCACCCAACGUCAGAUGGCAGAAGCCGGAGACUCCCAACCCUGUGGGUCUGAGCCCGGAUCACAGUCCAGUGGAGGAGGUCCCGGCAGAGCAGACCAGAGUUUACCAGAACCAACCCACCCACGACCCUCGGCCCCAAAGCACCCGGGAGCCCUCGGCCCCCGUGGCCACGCCAUCCACACCUGAGUGGUGGGUCCAGAACGGCCUGGGUGUCAGAAGGAAAGGGAGCGGGAGCAAGAACCAGAGCAGGACACAAAGGAUAUUUCCUCACGGAGGUGUGGAUGGGAACGGUGCCAUCUGGGUGAGCGGUAUGACGGAGCAGCCGGGCUUCCUGUUUCCUGUCUCGCAGCCCCACACGCUGCCCUCAGGGCGCCGUCACAUCACGGAGGAGGCAUCUCUCACACUUCAGUCUGGAGAGAUCCUCCCAGCACGUCCCACUCAGGGGGAAAGUGACCUCCCCUCCUCGCCACUGUCAGACCUCCACUCCUCCGCCCAGGACCAGGUCACAGACGUCUUCUAUGAAGACUCUUCUCCACAGAGCACCACCUUGACUCCUCCACAGAGCACCACCUGGUCUCCUCCACAGAGCACCACCUGGUCCUCUGACGCUGCACCAGGCGGUGUGGUGGCCGAGGGGACAAAUGAGUCGUCUGUAAACAAACCUCCAGAAAGCAGCACCUCAGCCUCCACCUCCCUCUGGAUCACAGCCAGGGCGGCGAGCGCCAGCAACACCCUGGCCGACACGGUCUACAAGUCCUUCACCUCGUCCUCGCUGCUGCGAGUGCUGGCGCAGACCACCCAGCCCAUGUUCAAUGAGGGGAGGAACAGCAGCCACGAGUCUCACGUGGGCCUGGUGGCCAGCGUGGAGAGGGAGAGGAGGACCAUCAUUCCUCUGGCUGUGGUCUCCACCCUCACUAUUCUCUGUCUGCUGGUGCUGGUGGGAAUACUCGUCUACUGGAGGAAGUGUUCCCAGACAGCCAACUUCUACGUGGACGAGGGUGUGUCCCCUAAGGUGGUGUCAGCUCCAUCCACACCACUGCUGCUGGCCACAGACGGUCACGAGGCGCUGACGGUGAAGCAGUUUGUGAAGAGCGCCAUGGAGCUGCACGCCACCAACACCUUCUCCAAGGAGUUUGAGAUUGUCAAAGAAUCCUACCAGGAGGUGCAGGCGUGCACGGUGGACAUGGACAUCAGCGCUGACAGCUCCAGUCAAGCAGAGAACAAAGCCAAGAACCGAUACAUCAACAUCCUGGCCUACGACCACAGUCGCGUGAAGCUCUCCAACAGUUUGGACCGAGAUGGGACCUGCGGGGACUACAUCAACGCCAACUUUGUUGACGGCUACGAGCGCACCAGGGCCUACAUCGCGGCGCAGGGUCCGCUCCGAGCGGGCAGGGAGGACUUCUGGAGGAUGAUCUGGCAGCAGAACGUGGGCGUGGUGGUCAUGAUCACCAACCUGAAGGAGAAGGGGCGGACCAAGUGUGAGCGCUACUGGCCUGAGGAGGGUCAGGAGGACUAUGGACCGUACCAGGUGACUCUGAGGAGCACCAGGACCCUGGCUUACUACACUGUGCGGACCUUCCUGGUCAGGGAGAGCGCCAAUAAGCAGGCGUGUGGGAGGAGCUUGGAGCACACAGUCCAGCAGUACCACUACACCCAGUGGCCCGACAUGGGCGUCCCAGAGUACACUCUGCCGGUCCUGGCCUUCAUCCGGAUGUCGUCUCGGGCUCGAACGCAAGAGAUGGGACCUGUCCUGGUGCACUGCAGUGCCGGGGUGGGCCGCACAGGAACCUACAUCGUGAUAGACAGCAUGCUGCAGCAGAUCCAGGACCAGGGGACCGUCAAUGUCCUCGGCUUCCUGAAACAUGUGCGGACACAGAGGAACUUCCUGGUUCAGACUGAGGAGCAGUACGUGUUCAUCCACGACGUCUUGGUGGAGGCCAUCUUGAGUCGCAACACCUGCGUGGCCGCCGACCUCCUCCACGCCUACGUGGCCGACCUCCUGACGCCCGGCGUGUCGGGCAGGACGCGCAUGGACAAGCAGUUCAAGCUGAUCAGCCAACGCCAGGCCAAGCACGCCGACUACAGCACGGCCCUGCGAGACGGCAACGCCAUGAGGAACCGAGCCAGAGCGCUGAUGCCAGUGGAGAGAUCCCGAGUGUGUCUCGCGGCCACGGAAACCAACUCCUCAGGCUACAUCAACGCCUCCUACGUGCUGGGCCAGCGCCACAGUAAGGAGUUCAUCGUGGGUCAGACGCCGCUCAGCGGCACCGUGGAGGACUUUUGGCGAAUGGUCUGGGAACACAACACGCACACGGUGGUCCACCUGCCCGACUCCCAUCAGCAGACGAGCGAGGACGGCGAGCCGUGUCUGUACUGGCCUUCCAAAGACCAGAUCAUGAGCUUUGAGGGAUUCACGGUGGUGUAUUCUGGGGAGAGGAUGGUGUGUCUGUCCAAUGACGACAAAGUUCUGCUGCAGGACUUCACCUUAGAAUCCACGCAGAACAAUCUGAGCCUGGAGGUCCAACUUUACAUCGCGUCCUGCUGGCCCGACCCUGAUGGUCCCAUUCGGAACUGUUUCCAGCUCAUCAACACGGUCAUGGAGCGCCGCCAUCGAGCAUGCGGCCCGACAGUGGUGCACGACCCUCUGGGAGGCGUCACGUCCGGACUCUUCUGCGCCCUCACCACCUUGUCCAAUCAGCUGCAGGAGGAGGGGCGAGUGGACGUCUACCAGGUGGCCCGCAUGACCAACCUCAUGAGACCGGGGGUCUUCAACGAUAUCGAGCAGUACCAGUACCUGUACCGCGCCGUGCUCAGUCUGGUCAGCUGCCAGGAGGACCAGCGGGCCCUCCAGAGUCCGGAGACCAACGGCUCGGUACUGCUGGGGAAGACCAACGUCGCCGAAAGCCUCGAGUCGCUUAUGUAGAGGCCACACACACACACACACACACACACACACACACACACACACACACACACACACACACACACACACACACACACACACACACACACACACACACACACACACACACACGCACACACGCACAGCCAAGAGUUGUGAGUACUUGUAUUUGCACUUUAAAGCAGGGAUAUUCAACUAAAUUGUGUUGUUAAAUGUGUCAUUAACUCACUAAA